AUGUCGUGCCCUGACUGCUUCAAGGGUGCAGUCCAUGACCAUGCCGGCGAGGCUCAAGGUAGUAUGGAGAGGAUGUACGGUUAUCCCUGUUACAUAGCCUCAGCCCCUGCUACCUCUCAUUCUAAAUCUACAAUCAUAUUCCUCUGCGACGCCUUCGGCCUGAACCUGAUCAACAACAAGCUCCUCUGCGACAGAUUUGCCGCCGAAACCGGCUUCCGCGUCAUUGCUCCGGACAUUAUCCCAGGUGGACCUGCUCCUGUGAGUUUGAUGGCUGAUAUGGAGAGUAUCAUGGCGCAAACAGUCCCCUGGUGGGAUGUCUGGGGACAAUUGAAGAGGAUUGUCACGUUCUUGCGGGUUGUGUCUGUGUUUGGUCCUUUCCUGAUUAGAUCAGGCCCUGCGACGGGCUAUCCCCUUUGCCUCAAGUUUGCCCCCGCAAAGCUCGGCGUUGCAGGAUUCUGCUGGGGUGGGUAUUCUUCAACCAAUCUGUGCAAGGAUCCAGCAGUGGAGGGUGGAACGGAAAGGUUGAUGGAUGCGCAGUUCUGUGGCCAUCCCUCUGGGCUGAGCGCGCCGAAGAUGGUCGUUGACGCUAUUAAGACGUUUCACACUCCCUAUAGUAUGGCCAUUGGGGACAGCGACAUAGCAUACAGCGAGAAGAAGGUGCUCGAGACGCAGGCGGCACUGAGGCAGACAGUGGGUAUGCCGGAAGAGAGUGACUAUGAGAUCAGGAUAUAUGGGGGGCGCAAGCACGGUUUCACUGUCCGGGCAUUGCCUGGCGACAAAGAGGCUAUGAUGGCAAUGGAGGAGGCCAGAGAACAGGCUGUGGAUUGGUUCAAAAGAUAUUUAUGA